UUUAAAAGGACCCUUGUUAGGGACCUUUAAUUCCAUAAAAGCAUUAACGAUGAGAACUUCCAAUUAUUGAUGCUUCAGAAGUGAUAAUAUGUCGAACAAAACACAUUCAGAAUUUGUGGUUAAAACAGACGCUUGUAUUCAAGGAGACUUUCCAAAUAUCUGUGCCUUUCGCCUCAUAAAUGGAGGGACCCUGGCGUUGGUUAGUUUCUGUGGUAUCUUACUGAAUAUAAUCGUCAUGUUUGUCAUAAUCGGACGAAAAGUUAACCUGAGUAACCAGAAAUAUUUCAUGUUCAAUCUGGCUAUUAGCAAUAGUCUCAUAGCGAUUGUUGGCAUGUUCAGAGGACUGGGAAUCAUAGACCCCAGUUUUGUUGGGUUCGUGGGUGGAGAAGAAAAUGGAUGGUGUUCAGCUUACCUCCUAUUCAUGAUGCUUGUAAGCUAUUCGAACUGUCCUUGUAUGGUAGCUCUGACAUUUGACCGUGUGGUGGCCAUCUCAAAACCCUUCAUGCACAGAACUUUUUUCACGAAGUGGGUUUGUAUAGGAAUCUGCGUAGCCGUGUGGUUACCUCAGGUCUUCUUUUACUGCUGGUUCAUGGUGACGAUGUUCACAAACGAGGAAACUGUUAGCAUGGAGUACUACCCCAACUAUCAUCGUUGCCAGAAUUCCUACAAAAAUCCAUGGCUUCGAACAGUUAGAUUUGUUGCUCUCGUGUGGGCACCUUUCUCACUCAUCAUACUCAUGUACUCCAUCAUAAUCUACAAGGUGAUAAGAUCUGGAGCGAAGACACGACGUCUGCUGGCUAUUUCCACUGUCAUCAUAGUCUCUGGGAUCAUCUGCUGGUUCCCUUCCAUCAUCUCCUCCAUCUUUUCCAUCCCGAUGAAUUACAAAGUGGCCCAAGUCUUGACUGUCUCUCUUUUCUACAUGAGUAGCUCUACAGACCCACUCGUGUACGUCCUACUCAUGCCGGCUGUUAAAAAGUAUUUGAUUACCAAAUUUGUCAAGUGCGAGGAGCCAAGUCAGACCAGCAGUGUUGUGACUGCUGGUCCGCAGAUCAGCACCGUAAGCACCGUACAACCCAGAACUAGCAGGGUUUCAACCGUAAGCACCGUACAACCCAGAACUAGCAGGGUUUCAACCGUAAGCACCGUACAACCCAGAACUAGCAGGGUUUCAACCAUCCUACCAAAAACAGCGGAGAUGUAA